AUGAACUCUUCAUAUAAUUUAGCUUCGGCAGCGGCUGGAUAUUGUUAUCAAUGUAAUUCAAGAAAUCCAUUGUGUGGUGUCAAUGUCAGUGCAACAUUAAAAAUUGAUGGAACGCCAUGCAAUGGACAAUGUUAUACACGUCUCAAUCGUGAUGAUCAAUUUACACUUUAUCGGGGUUGUUCAUGGGAGCAUGGCUUUAUGAAUGUACAAGAUAGAAAUCUUUUAAUACUUGAAGGAAAUUCUAUUUGGGUUUUUUGUGAUACGUCUUAUUGUAAUUUUCAAGCAACAGCCUUAUUAACCACUGUUUGUUACCAACCAAUCUGUGAUUACCUCAAUUUCCCUGAAGAUUGCAAAUUACCAAAUGCUGAUGUGACCUGUGGACGUAAUUGUAAUAAUAAAUUAUGUAACUCAAUAUUACUUCGUUAUCGUAAUCGUAAACGGAAUCGUAAUCGUUUUAAUCAAACAAAGUUAAAUUUGUGA